GGCCUUGAGCACUGAAAUGCAGAUUCCUGGGCUCACGCGCGACCCACUGGGAAAGAGCGCUAGAGCUGUUACAUCUGUCAGUCACCCUGGCCCUUUGAUGCCUCGCUCCCUCUGCCCUGAAGUUGAGCAGCUCAGUCCUCGGUGCCUCCCGCCCGCUGGCCACGCGUGCCCCCCGGCCAGGAUGGCGUCCUGUCUGGCCCUGCGCAUGGUGCUGCUGCUCCUCUGCGGGGUCCUGGCGCCUGCGGUGCUCACAGCCGAGGGCCCGCAGGAGCCCGCGCCCACCCUGUGGAACGAGCCCGCGGAGCUGCCGUCAGGAGAAGACCCCGUGGAGAGCACCAGCCCCGCCUGGGAGCCGGCAGUCAGCGGCCCACCCGCGCACACCGCCACGCCGAGCCCCGAGGACAGCACCGCCCAGGAGCGCCUGGACCAGGGCGGGGGCUCGCUGGGGCCCGGCGCCAUCGCCGCCAUCGUCAUCGCCGCCCUGCUGGCCACCUGCGUGGUGCUGGCGCUCGUGGUGGUCGCGCUGAGAAAGUUUUCCGCCUCCUGAAGCGAAUAAAGGGGCCGCGGUGCGGCUCGGCGGCACCCCAGGUGCGCGCCCCCCGAG